AGGAAGAGGAAGAGAGAGAGAGAGAGGAAAGGGCAGGGCGCCCGAUGCAUGCUGGAGAGCCCGGCGGGGGCGGCCCGAAACAGACGGGGAAGCCUCCGGGCGUUUGUUAAAGGUGCUCCGGGUUUGAGCUGCGGCUGCUAGAAGCGGGGAUGCCUGACUCACAGCCCGAGUUUGUUUUUAAAUCGGAAUUGAUGACUUCAGCGUGCUUCUUUCCAUCGUAAACCCAUCAGAAGUGCUGCAAACCUGCAGUUCAACCUGAGCGGGGAGUGCGAUUUCAUCAUCUUCGCCCGUUCCUUCGUCCCUGUUAGUUACAAAAGCGAAACAAGAAGCAAAUAGGAAAAAAUGACUGAGUGGCAGAAGAAAACUCCCUUGGAAUGGUUGACUUACAUGAAUAAAGAAGUCAAAGUUCUAGCUGCUGAGAAUCACCAGUAUGAAGGAUGGGUUUUAACAGUUGAUCCAGUCUCUGCUAACAUUCUUUUAGCAAAUUUCCUUGAGGAUGGAAAGGUAUCUGUUUCAGUCAUCUUGGGGCAUGCCGUGCAAGAUGUUGAAAUAGCAGCUGAAGCAGAUGAUGAGAUGAAAGAGAAGCUUGCCCACCUCUUCAUGCCCGAAGAAAGUCAAAAUUAUAAUAAAGAAGAGCUGGAGGAAAAGAAAAACAGCUUGAAGAAUUGGCUGGAGAAAAACCAUAUCCCUGUAAGAGAACAAGGCGAGGCACAGUCAAAACUGUGUGUUGCAGGAGUAUUAACUAUCAGCCCACCUUAUGGGCCAGAAGACUGCAGCAGUUCCAACGAAAUAAUUUUGUCCAGAGUCCAAGGGUUGCUUGAAAGUUACUUCAGUAAUGCAUAUAUGGACUCAUAAAAUGUUUGGAGGAUUCGUUUAUAUCUUUCCUUGCGUUCAGGCUCUUUGUGGAGGUCUGUCACAAGCAGUUGGUAGAACGAUAUUACAGCUUGGUUUAUACACAGAUAGCAAAUACAAAUUGUGCCAAUUAUAUAUUUUCAUAUGAAAGUAAGCCCUGAAACUGAUUUUAUUUUCCUUUGGAUUCUCAGAAGUUUGUUUCUAUUUUGAAGAUUUUUACAUGAAAAUACUUGAAAUGGCAGAGAUACUCCCAUUAUCUAUAGUCUUUCAAAAGAUUUCUAUUAAAACAGUACACAAUA